CGGCGGGGCGGAUGGGACAAAAGCGUCGCGGGAGCGAGCGCGCGCACGUGGGCGGCGCCGGCACCGGUGCCGGUGGCGGCGGCGCCAGGCGGGGGUGUCGGCGCGGGCGGGGCGGGCCGGGCCGGGCCCGGGCGCCGCCGGCGGUCACAUGCGCACCUGGGGAGGGCGGAGCGCGGGGUGUCUCCGGCGGCGGGGCGGCCCCGGCGCUCAGAGCCGGGCGGCGCGGCUGCACGGCGCCGGGCCCCGCGGGCGGGCGCAGCGCGGAGCCGGCCCGGCCCCAUGCCGAGCGCCCCGCGCCGCUGCCGCCGCCCCUGAGCCCCGACAUGGGCGGCUGCGUGGGGCGGCAGCGCCGGGAGCGGCCCGCCGCCGGCAACCCCCGCAAGCGAGCAGGCCGCAAUGAGCCCCUGAAGAAGGAGCGUCCCAAGUGGAAGAGCGACUACCCCAUGACGGACGGGCAGCUGCGCAGCAAGCGGGACGAGUUCUGGGACACGGCGCCCGCCUUUGAGGGCCGCAAGGAGAUCUGGGACGCCCUGAAGGCGGCAGCCUAUGCCGUGGAGGCCAACGACCACAGCCUGGCCCAGGCCAUCCUGGACGGAGCCAGCAUCACCCUGCCCCACGGCUCCCUGACCGAGUGCUACGACGAGCUGGGCAACCGGUACCAGCUGCCUGUGUACUGCCUCGCGCCGCCCGUCAACCUCAUCCUGGAGCGGAGCGACGAGGAGGGCGCCGAGCCCGCCGAGCCCCUGCCCAGCGCCCGGCGGGAGUUCGCCCUCAAGGUGCGCCUCUCCACGGGCAAGGACCUGCGCCUCAGCGCCAGCAUGGGCGACACUGUCGGGCAGCUCAAGAAGCAGCUGCAGGUGCAGGAGGGCAUCGACUUGGCCUGGCAGCGCUGGUUCUUCUCGGGGAAGCUGCUCACCGACCGCACGCGCCUGCAGGAGACCAAGAUCCAGAAGGAUUUUGUCGUGCAAGUGAUUGUGAACCAGCCGCUGCCGCCCAGGAACUGAGCGCCCACCCGUGUGGGCCUGGCGGGAUGGUGCAGGGGCUGCCGCAGCCGGGGGGGGCACAGCCCUGGGGCGCCCCCGUGCCCUCCCCGAAGCUCCUGGGCCCACCGAGGUGCCCCCAGAUGGGACCUUCCCUUGGAAA